UGGGGACGGACGCUGAGAGCGGAUUUGGGCCGGGUGGGCGGACGUCGCGCUGUCUCAAUUGGCCCAACCCGAAGAUGGGAAUGCCAGCGGCCAGAAUAGCGGAGGCGAUUGGGGAACGCAGGAGCGCCGACGGGCGCAGUACGCGCUCGGCCCCACGGACUCGGACCGCCAUGGUCGCGGCAAGCGACGCUGGGUGGAGGACUGGCAAGGCGAACGCUGGUUGAGCCACAACCGGGAGGGCGACCACAGUUGGGGAGUGGAAGAACAAGAUGGGUGCAGUUGGGGAGUGGCGCAGAUUGGCAAAGGCAGGGGGGUAUCAUCGAGGGGUGGCCAAAAGUUGAGAUUGCCUGGACACAACGAAGGGUCCACUGUAGGAGAUGCAUCGUGGGAGGACUCUGGAGUGCUCAGCGCGCUUGGCCAGAAAGAUGCGAGUCUGGCAGGCGACCCCUGGGCAGCGCAAGAUGCAGGCAUUGGUUGCGUGGUCGUUUGGCUUGAUGAGAUUGUUUACUGCCUCAAGGAUAUGGGCAUGCUGUCGAUGAUGUCCCUGCAGAGCUUUCGCAAGCCGCUGCCCAACUACGCGACGGUAUUGCCGUGGCUGCUUGGGGUCUCGGCAGAAAAGGCAGCGGGUCGUUGUGGUGGCCUCGAGGCGCUCACGACUUUCACGGAGGAGGUACCCGAUGAUGUCCUCGCGUCGCUGAGCAGAGAGUGCGCAGUGGCCGAGGCGUACUCAACACCGGACAGAGGCUACCUCAAGCCACCCGCGUGCGUGAUCUUGCCCACCGCGCUGCUCGGCCGGGUCCAGCCGCUGCGGGAGCUCCGGUUCCACUGCGGCGGCCUGAUCCACGUGUUGGCAUGCGAGGUGAGCCCGCCGUCGUUGGGCGCUUUCUCUCUCGACGGGUCCUGUGGAUGGAGCUGGAGCUGCCGACAUGGCGCAGACUGCCUCAGCUGCCCACGGACUCCUGUGUCGCCCUGGGCCGACUGGGGCGCCCAUGUUCGCCAGCUCCACGCCGAGCAGUUGCCUCAGAAGUGGCGCAUGAGGACCUUCGACGGAUUGGAGGCCGUUGUUUUGAACGUGGUUAUGGUCGUGUUCCACUGCACGCAGGGCCGCACUGAGGUCGUCAAGAUCCACCGCGAAACCGAGGGUGGCCAGUGGACGGGAUGGUCUGUCCCCGGCGGCGCCGUGGAGUUGGGGAAGGACGCGGACAUCUGGUCGGCGGCAGUGCGGGAGUGGGACGAAGAGGUGAGCGGGUACCCCUGGGCCCAAGCUGUCAGCCGCUUUGACGGCGAGCCCUGGGAGGAACACAUCGAGGGCUGCCUGCUGCACCGCCGCGGGCCGUCGGUCAUGUUCGUCUCCCGCAUGGGCGAGCACAAGAUCGCGGCCCGCAGACGGGGCGGCGAAGUCCUGCGCCGCGUGUCCGACCCGCGGGCGACGGGCUUCGUGUUCAGCGAGGCGGCCGCCGGCUUCUGGGAGAGCACGCACGGCCGGGAGGUGCGGCUGGACGCGCCCGCCAGGUGCGUGGUGCCCGCGGCGCUGGCGGGCCCGGGCCGGUGCACGGACGUGCGCAAGGUGCACACCGAGGGCUGGCCGUUCCUGGAGCACCUCGAGCGCGGCGCUCGCUGGGCCGGUUGGGACGAGGCCGGGGGCGGCGGCGCGGCCAUCGGCUGCGCGCAAGAGCGGCCCUUCGCUGGAGUGCCGUUGUGGUGCGCGCCCGCCCGGGGCUCCCCAAUCGCUGGAUGCGAGGCGGCAGCGGCGGCCUGCGCGCCCGCAUCCGGCCCCUCCGCGGCCCCCUGACCCACAUCCGAUUCCCAACAGCCUCCCGUCCUGUGUUCUCCGAGGCGCGAGCACGUCUGCACGGGGAGGCCGCGCGCCGCAGGCCGCGCUUGCCCGCAGGGCCGCUCUUGCGCGCAGCCAGCCUCGGCAGCUUCUUCCCGCACCCCGAGGCGCGGCGCGCGGUGCUCCCCGCGCUGCGCGCCGCGUUUCCGGGCGCGUUCGCGGCUGCUGGCUGACCUCGCCCUGGCGGCCUUUCGCGCGGGCGCAGUGGGCGGGCAAGGUCACGAGCGGCAAAUUGCAC